AUGCCUCACGAUUAUGGACUAGGUCCUGGCUUUGAGCCAAUGCAUAUUGAUCGCAAGUCACUAUAUGUCAAUCUUGAAGAGCGAAUCAAGUAUUUACACCAUUUUAUUGAGUGGUCCUCCGCUGAUGUCGAGGCCCUCCAACACGGAACCAAAUACCUCAAACAACUCAUCCCGGCCGUCGUCAACAUGGUAUACAAAAAGCUAUUAGUAUACGAUAUCACCUCGCGCGCAUUCCACACCCGCACAACCGCCGACGAAAGAGAACCAGACGAAGACUAUCUCACAGAGGAGACACCACAAAUUAAGCGCCGCAAGAUGUUCCUUCGAUGGUACUUGACUCGUCUAUGUCAAGAUCCCACUAGCAUGGACUUCUGGCGAUACCUGAAUAAAAUUGGACAAAUGCACUGCGGUCAAGAACGUCUCGCCCCUUUAAACGUGGAAUACAUCCACCUCGGAAUCUGCCUAGGCUACAUCCAAGAUAUCUUCUUCGAAGCCCUAAUGUUUCACCCCCAACUCUCCAUGCGCCGCAAAGUCGCCCUCGUCCGCGCAAUCAACAAAAUAAUCUGGAUCCAAAACGAUCUCUUUGCCAAAUGGCACGUCCGCGAUGGAGAAGAAUUCGCCGACGAAAUCUCAAUGUACAGCUUUGGGUCCGGGAAUAGAGAAGGUUUUCUCGCUGGAAAACGUAUUAUCGGUAGUAGCUCUGGUAGCUCUGUUGAUGAUGAUCGCUCCAGUAUUGCCGAUAGUGCUAGUGUGGCACCGUCAAUGCAGAGUGUUGCGCCUUCUGAACAGUCUUUUCAGACUAGUGCUAGUGUGCAGUCGGAUCAGACGGUAAAUACUGCUAGUACAGCUACAGGGAGUGGACCGCAAGAUCCUGCUGCUGCUAUGAUUUCGGCGUGUCCUUUUGCUGAUUUUGCGAAGAAGAGUUCGUCGACUGAGACUAAGAUUUGGGCCAAUUGA